CAGAGAAAGAAGAGAAAAUCGCUCUCUGUCUCUCUAAACUGAUUAUUUAAGAAAUUUUCCUUUCGUUUUUUCUUUUCGUUGUCCGAGAAUUUUCUGUGAAGAAGCAAGCAAAAGAGAAAACUAAAGAAGAAGAAAACGAGAGAUUUUUCUGAGUAGCAAUGGCGGAUCAGCUCACUGACGACCAGAUCUCCGAGUUCAAGGAAGCUUUCAGCCUCUUCGACAAGGAUGGCGAUGGCUGCAUCACUACCAAGGAGCUUGGAACUGUGAUGAGGUCUCUGGGGCAGAACCCAACUGAGGCAGAGCUCCAGGACAUGAUCAAUGAGGUCGAUGCUGAUGGAAAUGGAACUAUCGACUUUCCUGAGUUCUUGAACCUGAUGGCUAGAAAGAUGAAGGAUACCGACUCGGAGGAGGAGCUGAAAGAGGCCUUUAGAGUCUUUGACAAGGACCAGAAUGGAUUCAUCUCUGCUGCUGAGCUGCGCCAUGUGAUGACAAACCUUGGGGAGAAGCUCACUGAUGAAGAGGUUGAUGAGAUGAUUCGCGAGGCUGAUGUUGAUGGGGAUGGCCAGAUAAACUAUGAGGAGUUUGUUAAGGUUAUGAUGGCGAAGUGAUAAGCUAUCCAUGGCAAAUGAACAUGACCCCCAAAAAAGAAUUUGAAAAAAAAAAAAAAAAAAACACAAAAACAGGGUUGACAUUCAAGGGAUUCAUAUUUUCCUUUUUCCUCAACCUUUAUGUGACGGUUUUUGUAAUCAAGCCUUUAUAGAAGUAGUAGUCUGUCCUGGUGGUGUUCAGUCUUGCCCUUGAUGUGUCCUGUGACUAAAAGUGUCUUUGGUGGUCUAAUUUUUUUCCCCCCCCUUUUCUUCAUUUUGGUCUCUUGUGAAUCUUAGACUACCUGAAGAAUUCAAUGUCCAAUGUUUGAUGGAUGUCUUAUAUUUUGCAGUUAUUAUCCAUGUUCUUCUUAAUGCUGAUCCAGAUGAUUGUUAAUGUUCUAUCUUGUUUAAUAUAUUCUUGAAAUGCUGA